CUAAUCUAAAUCAACAUCAUCUUCAACACCCAUGAUUCAAUUCCACCUUUCUUUGUCACUUCCUGUAAAUCUCCAUUGGAAUUCCCCUACCCAUCAUUUUCCCCACUUCCAAUUGUCAAAAGAGGGAAACCCGUACAAAGUUUCUGAUUCUGGGUUGUUUUUGCUUUUGAUUUCUAGAACAAACCCAAUUUGUGAUUGCGAUUGAAAGAAGAAAGGGGAGAAUCAAGGAAGGAUUGACCGUAAGUAUUGAAACGAUGGGGAGCCCCGAUAAUGGGUACUGCACUGAGCAAAGCCAACGGCGACUCGCUCAGAAUCGUCGGGCGUCGAUGCCACGGGGAGCGUGUUCGCCGCCCUUUUACAAGACAGUUACCGCCAGUUCCGCAACAAGAUCCAGAUCCGGAUAUGGUGUAGGGCGGUUGACUGGUCCACGGCGGAGCACCUCUUCGAGGUGAUCAAUUCCUGGAAAGAUGUCCUUCGGCGGCUGAUCCGGCGUUGCGCCUACCUCAAGUACGUCGAGGCCCGCCGGACUCUGUAUGCCGACGAGAUCUUGAUAAAUGGGUUCUGCCUGGUUGUGCUCGAUGAAAUUGGUGACGAAGGCGGUUUGGGAUGCCGACCUUGUGGUGAACGGAGUCCCGUCGACGGAUGCCAGGAAGGUUUUCGAAGGGAUUAGUCUGUAUUGGAAGGAGAGGAUUCAUAUGCCGAUUAUCAUCUUGCUGGUGAAAGGGAUUGAGGUGGCGCUGUCCUCCCGAGUGGCCCAUCAAUAUCAUCUUCAAUAUUGAUCAAACGAUCCAUUGAUUUAGAUUAGGGUUUUGAUUUGUGGUUUGGGGAUUUUGGAUAAUAAGAGGGGAUUUUUUAAUUUUUAAUGUUAAUUGAAUUAAAAAAUAAAUUAAUAUUUUUUUAAUGACGUGGCAUGACACAUCACUGCCACUUUAGCAUUAGAUGCUGAGUCAUUGACGGAAUAAAUGUUUGACCGUUAAUAUUAACAGUCAACACAAGUUUCGGAUCAAAUCUGUCCAAUAGUUUCAAAAGUAGGCCAUAAAUGUCUUAUUUGGAAAAUGGGGCCAGAACUGUCACUUGCCCUAAACUUCAGGCCAAACUAAGGUAUUAACCCUUUAAUCUAAAACUAAUAGCCGAUUGUUCCGAUUGGUCGAAAUAUAUCGAAAUACAUCUAUUAAGUGUUUUCGAAUAAAACCAGAUCCGUGUGAAUGGUCCGGUUGUUGGUUUGACCGAGAAAACUUGGCUGUUUUGCCAGCCGGCCCUAACUCGUUGGACAUGGUUGCUUCAAUUUGUCGAGACAGAUUGAAGCACGUCAGACAUUGAAGCAUCUUUCUUUCCAUCAGUGUUUAUCUUGCUCUGACGGCCGAUUUAUAUAGUUGGACUGUUGGAGGCAACCGGAAUCUGAUCAAUCUAUAGAGAGGAUACCGAUUUCGCCCAUUGGCUUCGACCACCAAUCUCUAAGGCUUGCUUUUGUGCCCACAAAUCAAAUCCACAUUCAAUUGGAACGAAACACCCUGUAAUCCUUACUGCUCCAAUUCAGAUUCAAUUCAGUAACCUAAAUUACCGGCGGCGCGGCGGAGCUUCGAAUGGCGACACUCGCCCCUGCUACUGCCACUACUUCUUCUUCUCUGCUCCACCACGCCCACCACUCCGGCAUUCGUCUACAGUGUCUAACGGCACGGCUACCGGUUACUCCUUUCCGCCUAAAACGAACGUCCUUUUCCCGCGCCAAAUAUAGCAAUCGAACAAUUCCCCCAUCGGUGACGACUUCAUUCAAUGAGGUAAUCGAGUCCUUGAUCAAUGGGGUUGAUUUAUCGGAAUCUGAAGCCGAGGAGUCGCUGAAUUUCUUGCUCGGUGAUGCUAGUGAGGCUUUGAUCAGUGCUUUCCUCGUCUUGAUGAGAGCCAAAGGAGAGACCUUUGAGGAGAUAGUAGGAUUUGCUAGGGCCAUGCUUAGCCACGCCCUGAAAGUUGAAGGGUUGGAUGAUGCGGUUGAUAUUGUUGGCACUGGUGGAGAUGGAGCCAACACUGUCAACAUCUCUACUGGUGCGUCCAUACUCGCUGCUGCUUGUGGUGCAAAAGUUGCUAAGCAAGGGAAUCGUUCGAGCUCAUCUGCUUGCGGGAGUGCUGAUGUAUUAGAAGCAUUGGGGGUGGCUAUUGACUUGGACCCAGAGGGAGUAUCGAGAUGUGUGAAAGAAGCGGGAAUAGGGUUUAUGAUGGCCCCCAGGUACCACCCUGCCAUGAAAGUUGUGAGUCCUGUGAGGAAAAAGCUUAAAGUGAAGACGAUAUUCAACAUUUUAGGGCCAAUGUUGAAUCCUGCACGGGUACCUUAUGCUGUUGUUGGUGUGUUCAGGGAAGAACUGGUUCAGAAAAUGGCAGGAGCUCUGCAACGGUUUGGAAUGAAGAGAGCAUUAGUAGUCCAUUCAGAAGGCCUCGACGAAAUAAGCCCCCUUGGCCCUGGUACAGUCCUUGAUGUAACUCCACAUGGCGUGGAGAAAUUCUCGUUCGACCCGCUGGACUUCGGGAUUCCUCGUUGCAGUUUGGAUGAUUUGCGAGGCGGGGGGCCUGACUUCAACGCAGAUGUACUGAAGCGUGUCCUAUCAGGAGAAAAAGGAGCCAUUGCAGAUGCCCUGAUACUAAAUGCAGCAGCGUCUCUACUAGUGAGUGGCACCGUGAGAACUCUGGGCGAAGGAGUGGCAUUGGCUAGAGAAACACACUCAUCGGGCAGAGCUAUCCAAACACUUGAUAAAUGGAUCCAAGUUUCUAAUGCAUAAGCAUGGCGAGCUUGGAAGAUCGGUUCUUUCUACAGUGAGAUGGCGGAACAGAAGGUGAAAAGACUUCAAGUAGCUCGUGGAAUAGUUUAUGAGCUUGUAAAAUGCGCAAGCAGUCGGCUGUUUUCUCUUUUAUUUGAGUUAGGAUUAGCAUUUUAAACCUUCAGGAGUCUGUCAAAGAAACAGUGUUGGGCGCAUCUUUUUGUACUCUUUCCUACCUGUUUGGUUGAAUAAAGCUUCCAUUUGUCAUCAGAAGCCAUAAAAGUUACUAUCUUUGGAUAACAAGCAAACAAGCACAUCGAAAUCAAUCGCCAUACAGUAC